GUUGGAUAGUGGUAUGAGAGAGAUGAGCGGUGAGAGUUUUGAGGAAAUUAUGGGAGGGUCUAAUGGAGGUGGUGGUCGGACAGCUGCUGGGUUUGUAGUCCUGGCGUUUUGGGGAGAUCAGGGUAGUGGUAUGUUUUCGAGACUUGUUGAAGCUUAUGGUCAGGAUAGAUAUGGUUAUGAAGGGCAGGAGAGGGAUGAUGAGAUGGGCUGGGCGCCAGAGCCAGUGAAUGAGAGUAACGUUGGGGGAAAUAGAGGAGCUCGGGACGGAAGCGAGGAUGCCCAGAGAGGAGGUUCUGGAAGUGGUGGCGCGUCUAUGACCCCCGAUGAGGCUAUGGAUAAGGGAAUGAGAUUGUGUUCUAAGAGGGAUGAUCACUGGCGUGGGAUUGUUGAUUGUUAUUUUCGGAUUGAGGGUCACUUCCACGCGAUCCAGGAUUUGUAUCGCCAGAUUCAUUAUUAUACCGGUUGCUACCCUCAUAGAAUUGAGUGCUAUUCCGCUUAUUA